AUUAUAGGAUCCUACGUGGAGGUCCGUGGGGUCCCGGGACCCCGUGGGACUCAAUGUGGGUCCGCCUCUGGGUGUAGGAUUACACCAAGGGUCAUCAUUAAUCCGAUAUCUGUUUACACUAGUAUUGGGCAUUCUUACCAAGCAUAUCCAAGAACCUGUACCAUGUUCCAUGCAUUUUGCCAAUGACAUCAUCCGUAAUAGGUGAAUCACGAAAGAAUUUGAAUAGAAAGUUGGAUUCGCGGAGAUAGGCUUUGGAGUUGCAUGGCUUGCGUAUAAAUUGCACUAAAGCAGAGUAUAUGAAAUUGCAAAUUUGGCAACGGAAGGAGAAUUAGUAACAUCGAGGUGAAAGUCGAAGAAAAUACUAUACCACAAGUUAAGAGAUUUAAUUAUUUGGGUGUAUCAUUCAAGACAAUGGAGAAAUAGAGGAUGAUGUUAACCACAUGGUUCAAAUUGGUUGGCAAUAAUGGCGGAGUGCUUCCAGCUAAAUUAAAUGGAAUUACCGUACUACGAUUAGACCAGCUAUAUUGUAUGAAAUAGUGUUGGGCAGCAAAGGGUGAACAUGAACUCAAUGCUAGUGUGGUGGAAAUGAAGAUGCUUCGUUGGAUGAGUGCCCAUACUCGUAUGGAUAAAAUAAGAAAUGAAGAAAUGAAAGCUAAAGUUGAAGUGACCUAUUGUAUAAAAUAUGGUUGAAGCUUGUCUUAGGUGGUUUGGACAUGUGAAGAGAAGACCAAUAGCGAGGGUUGAUCAAAUGAUGAAUAGGCAUGUGGCUAGAGGAAGAGGUAGACCUAAGAAGACUUGACAAGAAGUGGUCAAGGGGACCUUCGCGUGAAUGAUCUCACAGCAGAUAUGAUACAUGAUAGGGUGCAAUGGCAUCGUUUGAUCCAUGUAUCCAACGCCACCUAGUGGGAUAAGGCUUUGUUUUUGUUGUAGAAUAACUUUUCCUUCAUUUGAAGUAUAAUAUUUGUCUUAGUUGUACUGCUGAAGGUUGUUUAGUGCUUGUUCAAACAAUAUUUACCUAUUUUGAUUUUUUGAGUGAUCUAACAAUAGUGUUAUACAAUAUGUGCAACCUCAACUGAGACUUGUACUUUCUUGGUAUAUGCUUUGUUGAUUUUAUUAUGUAUAGCUCAUAAAUAUGUAGGCGAGAGAGGGACAACUCAGAAGCCGAACGAGUUCAAAAUAUUAAACAAAUUCAUGAACUUCAGGAGCAUAUUCAAGAGAAAGAACGUCAAUUCAUGGAAUUGCAGGAACAGAACAGAAUUGCUAAGGAAACUAUUAUUUACAACGACGAACAGAUGAGGGAAGCCCAUGCUUGGAUGAGUCGUGCUCAGGAAAUUGAAGCAUUCCAACAAGCUGAACUACGCGAACGAGCAGAACAAUAUAAUCAGCUUUGGCUGGCUUGUCAGAGACAGUUUGGCGAGAUGGAGCGUCUACACUUGCAUAUACAGCAGCUCCAAAUAGUACUGGCAGAGGCAAGAGAAAGGAAUGGUACUUCCCCGGAUUGUUCUCAAGUUUCAGACGAAACUUCUAAAGGCACUUCACAGUAUGAGCUGAAAAAUGGCAGCAAACUUAAUGAGAACAGUAAUACUCAGCCUUCUAGUGCAAACCCUAGAAAUGUUCCAAAUGGAAAUGCCGAAACUGCUCUGUCAAUAACUUCUGUGGGGAAUGUGUCUACUCAGUGUCAGAGUGAUCUCCAUGGUGUUGCACUUCAUCUUUCAUCUUUUCAUGGGAUGCCAACCUUCAUGCAACCAGGUCAAAUCACUGCACUGCAUCCAUUUUUUGUGCAUCAACAGGGAGUCACCACUGUACCAUCACAGAUUCCUCACCAUCUUGGACACUUUCACCCUGUACCUGCGAUACCGCCUCUCCAACACUGGACUAACCAACAGGUUUCAGCGGAGGUUGGCUCACAGAUGUCUGUUCACAGUCAAAAUCAUCUUCAAAUGGAACCAACAUUGCUAAGACCAGACUCUAGUUAUGAACAUGAUACAUCUAUCAAUGGGACAUUGCAUCAUCCAGAAAUUGAACCAAAGGCUUCCAUUGGAGUUUCAUGUGAACUGGGGAAACAGGUGGUUCUUCAUUCUGUGGGUGAGAAUUGCAUCCCUAGUUUGCAAACCCCACAGCAGGCUUUGCAAACUAUCUCUCCACAAUUCUGUGAUGCUUUGAAUAUUGAUCCUCUUGAACACAUUAAAAAGUUCCAGGGGAAGAACUCAAAUAGCCAUGGGGUCGAGGCAGAAGGGCUUAUAACAGGAGAAGUUAGUUCUUCUACUAACAAGUCCUCCGCAGAAGUUUCAGAUCAGACUAGUCAUUCAAUUGAUAAAGUAAAAGAUAUUCUAUAUAAUGAUGCUGCUGUAAUGCCUGAGAGAUUGAUUUGCACCGGUCAGAAUAAUGCUCAUGCAUGUACUGGGAAAGCAGCAGAACCCGAUCUACUUGAAGAACAAGCACUACUGGCUUGCAUAGUUCGCACAAUUCCACCUGGUCCUGGUGGUAGAAUUAGGAUUAGUACAACGCUCCCAAAUAGGCUAGAGAAAAUGCUCUCUCCCCAACAUUGGCUUGAUUACCGAAAGAAAUUUGGGAAACUCGAUGAGUUUGUAGCUAGCCAUCCUGAAUUAUUUGUGAUUGAUGGAGACUACAUCCAACUUCGAGAAGGUGCUCAAGAAAUUGUAGCAGCCACAUCAGCUGCGGCUAGGGUUGCUGCUGCAGCCGCAGCUGCUGCCACGUCAUCAUCUAAUCCGUCAUGUUUGCCCUCUGUUGUUGCUGUGACUCCAAUGGCUCAGUCACAGGGGCAUAAGAAGACUUCUGGGGAUGUAGAGAAAGUGGCUGAUAACAUUUGUUAUGAGUUCAUGGCAAUGCAGAAUCAGCACUGUCCUCCCAAUGUUGUUACUGGAGGCAUCAUUCCAAGGGUGAAGGUUUUAAUGAAACCUAAGAAUGCCCCUAGAGACGCACCCACGGUACAAUUCUCUAUGAGCGAUACAAAUUUAGUUGGCAAAGAGCAAGUAAGGAUCGGUCGGUUUACAUCAAGCUCUAAAAGAUAGUUCCCAUUCCAUUGGUACAGAAAAUGGGACGCGGUUCGGGCCCAAACGUCUAUUUAAAGCAGGGUGCAGAUACAUGUUCUCAUUAAAAAAAUGAUUGGAAAAACUUUCUGCCGGGAGUUAACUUUUUCUAUUCUUUUGGAUUUGCUGCCCAUAUCUUUUUGCCCUGCUUUAUACACCAGCAACCGAUGUACUGUAGUAAUUGUGACCUGGGCAUCUUAUGGACAGUUAAGUUAUUGGAGAAUUAGAAACAUGUAAUUAAAAUGCUGAUUUUGUUCCGUGAGUUCUUUUAUUGGUUACUACUAACAAAAUGCUCCGUAGUAAUUAAAGGCUUGAAACUAGUUGCACUUUAUUUUGACUUGGUAAGUUGUAUAAUUAGCAGAAUGUAUUGUAACAUACAUUCCAACGUUGUUUAGUUGUACUACAGUUUAUAGUUAUGG